GAAUACGGCAUCCUAUCCCCUACCUUCCUUUGAUUUCAAGAAAAUCUCUUUGCUUUCGAAAUAUCAAGAAGCCAAAUAUAUUCUCAAUCAGUAAAUAAUACGGAGUAAGGAGUACUCACCUCCUCAAAGUACUACAUUUCCGUACUCCGACACUUCCCAAUGGCGAGUCAUUUCCACACCACCUUUCCGAGCGCCGCCAUAUCUGCACCCCAGAGGCACCAUCUAGAGUAUACAUUCCACUCCUCCAUCACUCAAGAUCGUCUCUUGGGCCGGGGCAGGCUCAAACAGAUACGGAAGAGCUCAAAAAUUAAAGUAUCCGAUGGAGCAGACCUGUCCUACUUGGAUAUGUGGAAGACGGCGGUGGGUCGCGAGAGGAAGUCUCUGGAGUUUCAGAGGAUCGUGGAGAAUAGCGGAAAUGCCACCGAGGAGGAAGAGAGCCCGGAAGCGUUGGAGAGGAAGAGCAACGAGUUCAAGAAGAUUCUUGAAUUCCCCCCCGAGGAAAGGGACCAAAUUCAGAGAUUGCAAGUUAUUGAUCGUGCUGCAGCUGCGAUCUCAGCCGCUAGGGCACUGUUGAAGGAGAACCCUCGCCCGCAACUUGGAGCUUCAGGUGUAAUAGAAGUUCAGGGUGGUGAAAAUGAGGACAAUCAACAAGGGCUGCUAAAUGAGAGCUUAUCCGUCCCUCAAUCAGGAAAUACCAUUUCCAUAACGCCUGGCCCAAGCUUCUGGUCAUGGAUACCUCCUCCAGACAUAUCUCUUAAUGAUGAAAACAAACUAAAAGCAGAUGCCAAAUUAUCCGCAUCUCCAAACCUUACCAGUCCUGUGAUAGAGAAAGAGCGGUCAGCUGAAUUUCUGCCAAUACCAUUUGAAAGUGUCGUUUUGGGAAGUAGCAAAACCAGUCCUUCUCUCCCUCCUCUACAGUCACUCGUGGAGGUUGAUUUGGACACUUCAAUGUCAACUGUAGAGACACCUCCUGAACUUGGCGCCCAGUUUUCAACACACGCUGCUGAAGCUGUUCUUGCGCUGGAGCAGGUCAUAAGUGACGGUUCUUCCUAUGGAGUGAAUCCUGAUGGGUCAAAAUGGUGGAAGGAGACUGGAAAUGAACUAAGACCUGAUGGGGUUCUGUGUAAGUGGACAGUGAUGAGAGGAGUUAGUUCAGAUAAAUCUGUUGAAUGGGAAAAUAAGUAUUGGGAAGCUGCUGAUGAGCUCGGUUACAAGGAAUUAGGUUCUGAGAAAUCUGGACGUGACGCGGUGGGAAGUGUGUGGCGUGAAUAUUGGAAGGAGUCCAUGUCAGAGAGUAAUGGCCUUGUCCACAUGGAGAAAACUGCAGAUAAGUGGGGAAGGAAUGGGAGAGGUGAAGAGUGGCAAGAACAAUGGUUGGAGAAAUAUGAUGCUACUGGCCAAGCAGAGAAAUGGGCACAUAAGUGGUGCACCAUUGAUCCUAACACACCUCUUGAUGCUGGCCAUGCUCAUUUGUGGCAUGAGAGGUGGGGUGAGAAGUUUGACGGGCAAGGGGGAGCAAUGAAAUACACGGACAAGUGGGCUGAGAGGUGUGAAGGGGAUGGGUGGUCAAAAUGGGGAGACAAGUGGGACGAACACUUCGAUAACAAUGGUCACGGGGUGAAACAAGGGGAGACGUGGUGGGAAGGCAAGCAUGGCGAUAGAUGGAACCGCACAUGGGGGGAGGGGCACAACGGUUCGGGAUGGGUGCACAAGUAUGGGAAGAGCAGCAGUGGGGAGCAUUGGGACACUCAUGCACCACAAGAAACAUGGUACGAGAGAUUCCCGCAUUUUGGCUUCUAUCAUUGCUUUGAGAACUCUGUCCAACUCCGACAAGUGAAAAGGCCUUCUGAAUCGCCCUAAGUAGGGUUCUUUGUGAUGGAUUGUUGUUGUUGUAGCUUCUAUUAUACACAUAUUGUGGGAUUAAAAAUAAGAUGUGUGAUGAUUUUCAUUGCUUAAUGUUAGGCUUUGUUUGGUAAAAUAAAAUAAAUACUCAAUACCACAGCUUGUUUCCCGUAGUAUGAAAAUAUUUUUCCCCAGGUGGCAAAUAAAUUCAACUAUAUACUCCAGCCAAAGUUAAGCCUUAUAUUCAAAACAACAACAAAGGCCCUGUUUGCCUUUACAUUUUUUAUAUUGUACUCCCUCCAUUCCCCUAAAAUUGUCC